AUGCGGGCGGCGGACCCGCUGAUGGAGAAGCUGGUGGCCGCGUGCACGGGCCGCGGCGUCGACCGCAUCAUCGCGCAGAAAGUCCUCUCCUCGGCCAAGUCUGCCAUGCGCGACUGGAGCUGCGUUGUCUCGGACUUCCUCACCCCGCCCGAGAGCGCCGCCCUCGUCGCCACCCUCGCCCAGCUGCCACGCCUCUCCGCCCACGCGUGGGGCGGCUACCCGGACGCCGAGCGCACCGCCGUCGUCUGCGCCCACGAGGACGUCGCGGAGGACACCGCCCAGCUGCUGCGCCUCGCCGCCCCGCAGUUUUCCCUCCUCUCAAUCGCCGGCGACUUCGAAGGCGGGAAAGUCGCCCACCGCGACGUCAUGGGCGCCGUGCUGCACGCGGGCGUGUCGCGCGCCAAGAUCGGCGACAUUCUGGUGGAGGAGGGCGUCGGCGCGCAGGUCGUCGCACACGCAGACGUGGCCGCCUUUCUGGAGGCGCAGCUGGUCAGCGUGCGCGACGUGAGCGUUCUUGUGGAGAGGCGCCCGCUGGAGGAGAUCCGCGUGCCCGAGAGGCGCGUCAAGCUCAUACAGACAGUUGAGGCCUCCAUGAGAAUCGACGCCGUCGUCAGCGCGGGCUUCAAGAUUAGUAGGUCGAAACUCGCCACGAUGGCGAAGAGCGGACUCGUCUUCUUGAAUUAUACAGGCGUGAAGGGACCCGCGAAAAACGUCAAGGAGGGAGAUGUCGUCUCCGUGAGGGGUGUCGGGAAGCUUAAGAUUGCUGAGUGCUCCAUGACAAGCAAGGGGAGAUACCGCAUCUCGAUGGAGCGGUAUAUCUAG